AUGGCUGCCCGGUCAGAGGAGGCUCUCUCCUGUCCUGUCUACCAAAAUUACUUAUUUAGAGAUCCUGUUGUCCUGUCAUGCAGCCACGAAGAGGAGCUCCAGAAAACCCUGACGAUUUUACAAGAGCAACGGAAACUCUUUGAACAAGUUAAAGGAAACUGUGAUCAAAUAGCAGAACACAUUAAGGUCCAGGCCCGAAACACAGAGAGGCAGAUUAAGGAGCAGUUUAAGAAGCUUCACCAGUUUCUACAAGAGGAAGAGGAGGCCAGGAUCGCUGCUCUGAGGGAGGAAGAGGAGCAGAAGAGUCAGAUGAUGAAGGAGAAGACUGAGGCUCUGAACAGUGAGAUAGCAGCUCUUUCAGACACAAUCAGAGCCACAGAGGAGCAGCUGAGAGCUGAAGACGUCUCAUUCCUGCAGAACUACAAGGCUGCAGUGGAAAGAGUCCAGCGGCGCCUCCUGCUGGAUGAUCCAGUGCUGGUCUCAGGAGCUCUGAUAGAUGUGGCCCAACACCUGGGCAACCUGACCUUCAACAUCUGGAUCAAGAUGAAGGAGAUGGUCUCCUACACUCCUGUGAUUCUGGAUCCAAACACUGCCAACCCAGGGCUCAUGCUGUCUGAAGAUCUGACCAGUGUGGUGCUUGGACAGAGAGAGAAGCUUCCUGAAAACCCAGAGAGGUUUGAUAACCACCACUGUGUCCUGGGCUCAGAGGGCUUUGACUCAGGGACUCACAGCUGGGACGUUGAGGUUGGAGACAAUAAUGGUUGGAAAAUAGGUGUGUUAGCAGGGUCUGUUCAGAGGAAGUGUGACAUCAUUUCUGGAUUACUGGCUAUUGCAUAUUACAAUGGAAUAUACGGAGCAUGGUCCCUAACAGCUCCACUAACUGUUCUUCGAGUAAAGAAGAAGCUCCAGAGGAUCAGAGUUCAACUGGACUUUGACAAAGGAAAGCUGUCAUUCUCUGAUCCUGAUACUGACACACACAUACACACCUUCACGCACACUUUUACUGACAGGCUGUUUCCAUACAUUUACACUUGGUAUAAACUCCCACUAAAGAUACUGCCAAUAUAGGUCUCUAUAACAGUGUUCCAGCAGAAUUGUACCAUCUUUCCACUCAAGCAUUUUACUUGUGUCAUAUAGUCAAACUUUUUGUGCCUUCCAGAUGUUUAAGUUUCAAUUAGUUGAGGGUUGAAGGGUGUUCUUGAGAAAGAUGAACUGAAUAUGAAGAUUUAUGUUGGAUUUACAGUCAUUUAUAUUUUAUGUACAUCCAGUAUGCUAACAAGAUAUCAAGACAGUGUAGCUGAGCUUGUCUAUUUUGGGUGUUUGGGAUUUUCUGUUUUGUUUAUAUGCUGUUUAUUUCUUGUGAGUUUGAUGUGGUGGUCAUUGUUAAGGUGUUUUGUUUGUCUGUUGUGAAGUGUAUAUGAUCUGGAUCAAUAAAUAUUUGGAAAAUGAAAUUAAAUUGUACAAAAACAUAAUUUACUUCUUACAUAGAAUUCUCUAAAAGAUAAGAAAUUUU